AUGUGCACACGUUGGAAAGACGAUGCUCAGAGUCUGCUCAAGAAUUUGGAGUCUAACGUACAGGACCCCUCGGAAACCGGCUCCCCAUCCGGGAGGAGGAAGAGACACGCACAGACGUCGAAGGAGGAGGCUGUGGACGAAUGUGAGCCAUCUUUCAACAGCAACAUCACAGCAUUUGCACUGAAGGCAAAAGUCAUCUAUCCCAUCAAUCAGAAGUUCCGGCCGCUGGCCGACGGUUCCUCCAACCCGUCUCUGCAUGAAAACUUAAAGCAGGCCAUCUUGCCGAACCAGCCGGUGGAGGCUUCCCCCUCCAGCAGCCUGGGGAGCCUGAGCCAGGCCGAGAAGGAGGACUGUAGCUCCUCGUCUAGCAUCCACUCGACCGCCAGUGACGACAGGUUCCUCAGCCGCACCUUCGUCCGCGUGAACAGCUUCCCCGAGGUGCUGAUCUGCGAGAGUGUGGACCUUGACUUGUGUAUCUAUAACCUUCACUUAAAGGAUCUGCUGCGUCUGGACACGGCGCUGAGGCGGGAGAAGCACCUGAUGUUUAUUCAGAUUUUAAAAAUGUGCCUCCUUGAUCUUCUUCCCAAAAAGAAGUCUGAUGAUGAAUUAUACCAGAGGAUUCUUUCGAAACAAGAAAACGACUUGGAGGAAUUAGAAAAGGGACUUCAGGUCAAACUAUCAAACACGGAAAUGUUGGGGACUGGCGAUUCUGAAUACAUCACUCUGGCAGAUGUGGAAAAGAAGGAGCGAGAAUACUCUGAGCAGCUAAUAGAUAAUAUGGAAGCUUUCUGGAAACAGAUGGAAAAUAUCCAGCACUUUCUUAUGGACCAAUUUAAGUGUUCCAGCUCCAAAGCCCGACAGCUCAUGGUGACUCUCACGGAAAGAAUGAUUGCAGCCGAAGGGUUAUUGCAUGACUCUCAGGAUUUGCAGGCUCUGGACGCCCUGGAGAGAACGAUGGGGCGGGUGCACAUGGCAAAGACGAUCGAGUCCCUGAAGCUGCAAAUCCAGGAGGAGACCAGAUGCCGACUGGCUGCCCUGUCCCGCAGCCUGGAGCUGCUGACCGUCGAGGGGAGGCUGUCCGGGCGACAGAAGGAGGAGCUGCUCGCACAGCAGCACAAGGCCUUCUGGGGAGAGGCGGAGCGCUUCGGCAGGGAGUUUGUGCAGCGAGGCAAAGACCUGGUUAAAGCGUCGCUGGUCCACCAGGCAGAGGAGACGGCGAAGCUGAAGCUGGCUCAAAAAGAGGAGCAGAGGGGCUUCCUGGCCGAGGCACGGCUGACCUCCGACCCGGCCGAGUUCCUCCAGGCUUUUCAUGAAGUCCUGGAGAGACAGAGGUUGGCCCAGAGUUACCUGGAGGAACAGGAGGACGUCAGGACCACCGAGGCCAUGGCUGUGCUGUGCCAGGAGCUGUACCGCAGCACCAUGGAAACGUUCCAGAAGUUUGUGGACGUCCUGUUCCUUCAGACGCUCCCAGGAAUGACUGGUCUGUCCCAGGCAGACUGUGAGAACUUGAGGCAGGAGGUCCAGGAGAACACAGCCUGGCAGCUGGGGAAGUCCGAUCGCUUCCGGAAACAGCAGUGGGAACUUUUCCAAGAUCUCCUGGAGCAAGACAAGCAGGUGUGGAUGGAGGAGUGGACCCUGUCCACUGUGCUGCAGACGCACCUGCGAGAUGGCCAUGAAAGCAUCGUCCACCAAGUCUUGGGCCGAUUUGGUGGCCUCAGUGAAGAGUCCACGUGGUACAUCCUACAGGGACACGACCUGCUGCUGCGCUCAGCCCUGCGGAGGCUGGCUCUCCGGGGCAGCGCCAUCACCACCCUGACCCACAUGAGACUUGCCGGGAAGAAGAGUCUUCUCCAGGAGCUGCGUGAGCAGCAUGCCCUUGAGCAGGGCUCCUCCUCCCAGUGUCUGGACGAGCAUCAGUGGCAGCUGCUCAGAGCCUUGGAGGCGCGAGUCGUGGAGGAGGCCAGCAGGCUGGAGGACGAGGCGCAGCAGAUGCGGCUGCAGCUCCAGCAGCAGCUCCUGGCCGAGGCCCAGGAGGUGGGGCGGCUCCUGCAGGAGCACACGGAGAGAGCCAUCGGGCAGGCCCUGCUGGCCCACGCGCGGAAUGCGGCCACCAAGAGCCGGGCCAAGGACUGGGACGACUUCAAGAGAGUGCUGACGGAGGCGGCCGUGGAGAGUGUCUACGUGACCAGUGCCGGCGUCGGCCGGCUCGUGCGGGCAUAUUACCAGCACAUCGGGAGGGUCAUGCAGGACCACGAGGAGAGAAGGCUGCAACUCCUGAAGACCCUGCAGGGUGAGAGAACGGAGAAUUACAAGCUGCGGACAAAGCAGGGAUUCGGAGACCCUUCGCCGGGGAGCAAGGCGGUGAAUGGAUCUGGCGAAGCCUGCACGGCCGUCCACCAGAGGAUGGCGGCACAGCAGAAAAAGUUUCUGGCCCAGUUCACCGUGCACCAGCGGAUCCGCCUGGAUGCUUGGAAGCAGAAGGCAAGGGCUAUGGAUCAUCUGGAAGCCCAGCUUGAGACCCAGCUACAGGAGGCCGAGCAGAGCUUUGUCUCAGAACUGGCGGCAUUGGCCCGGGUGCCCCUCGCCGAAAGCAGACCGUUCUCAAGCAAGCGCGGCUCGUCAGAGAAGCCUGUAAGGACGAGAAGGAAGAAGCCCCCACCCCGGGAGAAAGGGAACUCGGGGGGCCCCACCGACGAUGACCCUGCAGCAGGGGGCCACCCCUCGGGAUCACUCAGCAGCAAAAGGCUGAACCAGCAGGAAAAUGAAGCUGGUGACGGCGAGAGCCCCAAGAAGCCGCUGGAGGAAAGAAGCCAUCCGUAGGUUACGGUUUGGGUCGGGGCCGAUGUGGAAGAUCCAGCUGGAAUAAUGCCACCUGCCCGCCCCAGCCGGCUGGGACGGGGAGCGCCACCGGGGGGCCGGAUGGACAGACGGACAGGCAGAGAAGUGCCUAGAAGGCCUGAGUGAGCGUGGCAGACCCUGCCGCCUGUGGAAUGAAAACCCCGUGUCGGAACCCUGCAUGCAGCUUUCUCUUUCUCUUCGGCUUGGAGACGUGGCUCCCUUCCUCGGGGACCUCUUCGGCCCUGGAUCUCUGAACCCCACCCCCCACCCCCACCCCGCCUGCCCAGCGUGAGGCUGCCUCCAGCCUCGGGGCCCCCCUGCUCCCCAGACGCUCCAUGGAGUUCUGCUGGGAAUGCGGGGGUCUCCGGGCGGGGCUGGAGUUUCCUGGCCUGAAGCCUUUUCUCCAUCUCUUUAUAGAAACUAUUUUUAAUGUUUA